AUGCGCCCGCUCGUCCAGGCGGAGCCCCCGAGACAAGCUCAGAGCGACCGGCCCUCCGCCAGCCCCGCCUACAGGCCCUCCGUCGAGGAUGGCGCCCCAGAGUCCUCCCUGGCGGCCACGAUCGACGAGAUGUUCGAUCGCAGCGUGGCGGCCUGCGGCGGCCAGCCCAUGCUGGGCUUGCGCGCCGGCCCCGCCAGCGCCCCCGGCGGCUACGCCUUCUCCACGUACUCCGAAGUCUCCCUCCGGGUGUCCGCCUUUGCCCGGGCCUUGAAUGGCAUUCAGGGUUCAGGCCUCCCGGUGGCCAUCUACGGGCAGAACUCCCCAGAGUGGAUGGUGGCCUUUCUGGCGUGCGCGCGGGCCGGGCGCGUGGUGGUGCCCAUCAACGACUCUCUAGGGGCUCGGCAGGCCGAGUACGUGCUGCGACAUUGCGAGGCGGGCGCCAUGGUGGUGUCGUCGGGGCACCUGGCGCGCGCCCUGUCCCUGGCGUCGCGCGUGAAAUCUGUUCGGACGAUCGUGCAUUGGUCCGCGCCCGCCGGGGCGCCCUACCCUCUGCCGCCGGGCGUCUCAGAGGCCACCUCGGCCGGCGUGGAGGUCGUCUCGUUGGAGGCCCUGUGUCGGGGCGGGGCUGAUGCCCCCGGGCCAAGCCUAGGGCCGCGCCCCAGCCCCGAUGACGUGCUGGCCGUAAUGUACACCAGCGGGACUACGGGGGCCCAGAAGGGCGUCAUGUUGACUCAUCGGGCCGUCAUGAGCACCAUGGCCGGGAUCGAGGACAUCUGCCGACUGGCGGGCACCGACAUGGGCCCCGGGGACUCCAUCCUGUCGUACCUGCCGCUGGCGCACAUCCUGGAGUUGGAGACGGAGCUGUUUUUCGUGUUCGUGGGCGGGGCGAUUGGGUACUGGCGAGGCGACCCCGGCGGACUGCUGGAGGAUGUGCAGGCCUUGAGGCCCACCAUGUUCCUAGGCGUCCCCCACAUCUUCGACAGGAUGGUAGCCAGGCUCAAGUCCCGGGUGGCGCACCUGGACUUCCCAAGGCGGUCGGCCUUCGGCGUGGGAUACCGCUGGAAGCUGGCGCUGCUGAGGAGGCAGCGCAGGGGCGUCUUUGGGAAGGCCGUCGUGGGCACCCUCAACCUGCUGCUGUUCAGGAAGGCAUGCAGAAAGAUGCUGGGGGGCAGGACAAAGCUAGUCCUCUCUGGUGGGGCACCCCUGUCCUCCAGCUCGGAGGAAUUCCUGCGGGUGGGUGUAUGCUGCCCGAUUGUGCAGGGCUAUGGCCUCACCGAGACUUGCGGGGGGGUGUUUGCAUCCAUGCCGCACAGGUUCGAGAUGUUUGGCACUGUGGGCGUCCCAUUGCGCUCAACAACUUUUAGGUUGGAGUCGGUGCCGGAGCUGGGCUACGAUGCACUGGCGGACCCCCCCUGUGGCGAGCUCCUCAUCAAGAGCCCUCAGCUGUUUUCAGGUUAUUACAAGGCUCCUGACGCCAGCAACGUCGACAAGGACGGAUGGCUUCACACAGGGGACAUCGCCCAGCUGGAGGAUGGGUACAUCAGAAUAAUGGAUCGAAGGCACAACUUUACACUCAACAGCGAUGGCGACUUCCUCUCGUUGGAGAAAAUCGAAGCGGCAUACCGGAACUGCUCCAUUGUGGAUCAAAUUUGGAUCUAUUGUGUGGCUCCCAGGCAGGUGCUGGUGGCUGUGGUAGUACCCCACCCAGAAGGUAUCGAAGCCUGGGCAAAGACGGCCAAGGUU